CUGAAACACACACCAUGCCAAGUGUUUUUUUCAAAUACAUUUUUUUGCUCCACUGGACUCACCUUUCAUUUUAUAGUUGUGCACCUAUAAAUUCAGGGUCAGACGAUGAUCCUCACGAAAUACAGCACGCCGUGUGUAAAGUAUUCACGAAAGAAAUUGAAGCUUCAGCCAAAGCAACUAUUACCAGACAGCUUAAAGGUGUAUGUUCGACUAGUAAGCAAGCAGUAUAUGCAUUAUGCAUUUUUUGGUUCUCCACAUUUUCAGUUUUAGGAGAUUUGAACAGGAAGCUGCAACACAUAGAAGAUAAAAUCCUUGAUCAGUUACAGCAAAUUCAACAGGCUUUAGGCAGCAAGGUCCAAAAGAGACCUUUAGCUCCGAGUACUGAACCACCAAUUGACUAUCAUGAAUAUGAAGAAGACUUACCAAAUAACACAGAAUAUGGUUAUUUCAAACAGUUAAAUGGAGAGAAACCCGCUAUUUCAGAAGAAAUUGCCGUUUAUAAUGAUACUAUUAUCAAUGCUAGGGAAGGAGAUGUGUAUUUUUAUUACUGGAGGAUAGAGGAGAUCAGCAACACUAUGGCAAAAAAAAAUCUUUAUAUAUCCAGUCCUCAGUUCUCAGUUUUAGGUCACACAUUGCAUCUUCAUUUCUACCCAAACUAUUCAGGUGGUCAGAUUGGGAUAGUCUGCAAACCAGACAGCAACAGUUUUAUGAAGAAAUAUAAGAUCUGGUUUUUAGGUCACAACCAAGUAGACAGUGAAAUAUCAUCAAAAAUUUUAUACACUUAUGGAAAAAGAGAUAAUAUAUUUUUAAUUGAUCCUCAAAUCCUUGAUGAAAAUUUUAUUGUUAAAAAUAAUGUUUUAAUUAAACUUACAAUCUAUUUGAACUCAUAA